AUGAGAGAAAGUUUUAGACAACAAGUGCUCGCUAGAAAACAAAAGAAAGAAGCCACUGCUUCUCCAACUAUAGCAGAAGCAAAACCAGUUGAAUUGAAGAAAGAAGCAUCACCUGCACCUGCACCAGUUGAAGCCAAACCAAAGACUGCAGAUCCAAUCAAAUCAAAAUCUCCUUCACCUGCACCAGUUUCUUCAACAUCAGAAAAGAGUGAACAAGAUGAAGACACUGUUAGAAAAUUCAAAGAAUUAGUUGCUGCAAAGAAGAAAACUUCAUCAACAGCACCAGAAGUUUCCCCAAAAGCUAAUGAAGAUAAAGAAAUUUCCAACCCUGCUACCGAAGAAGCUAAAUCUGUUGAAACUAAAUCCGAAGUUCAAACUGCUACUGCUAUUGAGGAGACGACACCUCAAGAUUUAGUUGGAGAAAAACCAAAGACUGAAGAUACUGAAUCAGUGAAACCAGAAGAACCUGAAAUCAUCAAAGAAGAGACAGAACCAGCUGAAGCUUCAAAAGAUGACGAAGAAUCCAAUCAAUCUGAAACUAAGGAAGAGGAAAAAGCAACAGCUCCAGAAUUUACAAUUUCUAAAUUAUUCGAACAAAUAGCAAAAGCUAAAAUAAUAGAAGAUCCUUAUAAUUUUAAAUAUCCAGAAGGAAAAACGGCCCCUACAAUCAAAGCGGAAAUUAAAACCAAGAAAUAUAGUUAUAAUCCUGAAUUCUUGAUGCAAUUUGCUGAAGUUACAUCUUUACCUUUAGAUGAAGCGUUCAAAGAUAGAUUCAAAUUUAUUCAAAUCAGUGAUAAACGUAAUGACAGAUCAUUAUCUAAAGGUGGCCCAGGUGGUUUCAGAUCAGGCUUUGGUCAAGGUUCAAUUUCUGGUAUUCAAGGUUCAUCAUUCUCAAAAUCUGGAUCAUCAAGAAAACAAUUUGAUUUGAACUCAAGAUCCAACUCAAGACAAAACUCUAAAAGAAGAGGCGGCGGUUCUGGUAGAAAUGAAAGAAAAUCGAACAGAAAUAGAGACAGAGAUAAUGAAAGAGAAAGAGAACCAGAAGUUCCUGCUGAACCUGUAAAACCUUUAGAAAAAUCUGCAAACAGAUGGAUUCCAAAAUCAAGAUUAGCUAAAACUCAAGAAGUUAAAUAUGCUCCAGAUGGUGUUACUGUUAUUCUUUCACCAGAAGAUGUCAGUAGAAAAGUUAAAUCAUUAUUGAACAAGUUGACUUUAGAAUUUUUUGAAGAUAUUUCAAAUGAUAUCAUCAAUAUUGCUAAUCAAUCCAAAUGGGAAACAAACGCAGAAACUUUGGGAAGUGUUUUAGAAUUUACAUUUGCUAAAGCUUGUGAUGAACCUCAUUGGUCUUCAAUGUAUGCUCAAUUUUGUGCAAAAAUGUGCAAAGACAUUGACCCAGAGAUUAAAAAAGAAGGUGAAAUUAGAAAAGAUGGUGAACCACUUACUGGUGGUGGUAUUGUCCGUAAAUUAUUAUUAUCAAGAUGUCAAAUAGAAUAUCAAAAAGGUUGGGCUGAUAAACUACCAACAAAUGAAGAUGGUAGUGCUUUAGAUCCUGAAAUGAUGUCUGAUGAAUAUUAUGCUGCUGCUGCUGCAAAGAGAAGAGGUUUAGGUUUAAUCAGAUUUAUCGGUCAUUUGUUUGUUUUAGGUUUAUUAUCUGAACCAAUUAUUUUUGUUUGUUUGAAAGAUCAAAGUAAAAAUGUUACUGAUCCAUCAGAAGAUACUGUUGAAAAUUUGAUUCAAUUAGUCAAGACUGUUGGUCAAGCAUUGGAUUUCUCUCCAAAUGAAAGAACUAGAGCAACAUUUGAUGCAUUUUUCCAAUCUAUCCCUGCUAUGGCUGAAAAGGCUAAACUUCCAUCAAGAUUACAAUUCAAAUUGAUGGAUCUUGUUGACUUGAGAAAAAGAAGAUGGUCUGGUGGUGAAUCCGAUGCAGGUCCAAAAACUAUUACAGAGAUUCACGAAGAAGCAGAAAAGAAACAAAGAGAUCAUGAAAGAGAACAAAAGGAAAAAAGAAAUCAACACAGAGGUGAUUCAAGAUCAAACUCAUCAAGAGGUGCUUGGGGUAAUAGUAACAGAGUUUCAUCAAGUGAUAUCAAGAAUGUUGGUGUUGUUAGAAACUCAAACUCCUCAUCAAAUUUGGGCCCAACAAAUAAUUUUACAAGAACUAAAUCUCAAAGAAGUUCAAGUAGACAAUCAUCACAAAAUUUGGCCUCAGAAAAUCCAUCACCUUCACCUGCAAGUCCUUUGAGUGCUAGAGAAAACUCUAAAAAAUCUGAACCAGCUGGUAAUAGAUUCACAUUAUUACAUGAAGAUAAUCAACCUGAAUCAGAUGAAGAAGAUGAAGAUGAACAAGAACAUGAAAAUUCGGAAGAACAACAGGAUAUUGAAGAUUCAAAGAAAGAGGAAGAGGAUUCAAAAGACGAACAAAAAGCUGAAUAG